CUACGCGCAUUCACCUCUAGACCAGACGUUUGCUACGUUUCGCUGUUCUUCGAUGCUCAGCUCCAAGAUUUUGCUUAUCUCGGGCAUAGCUACGUGGCUCCAGUGGCCGUUGGAAUCUCCCCCACUGGUGUCGAGUCGUUGCCCCCCAUUGCCACUAUACCACCGGAGGCUCACCCUUUUCCAGCCGACGAUGUCUCCGUUAUAAUGACAAAGAUAUGUUCUGUUCUGAGCCUGGAUGCCUCAGAGCAGCCGCGCAGGAUUCUUACCUUCUUCGAUAAAAAAAUAUACAAGACCUUCUUUUUGGCCAAAAUCGAGCCGCGUGUCUACUUUGUCACCGUCUGUCCAAAGAAUCAACUGUGCAAUACGCAAAUCACUGGAUUUUUGAACCGGAUCGGCGAUGCCAUGCAGCUAAUUGAAAUAAGUAGGGCGCUCCGUCCUGCCUGA